UAAACCCCAAGACCCAAACCCAAACCCUGCAUCUUCUUCUGAGGCUCGUUUGUGCUUCUCUCAACUCUUGCAGUCUUUCUUCUCCUUUCAGCUUCAAAAUUAGAAUCUGGGAUUCAUAAAUUGGUUUGGAUAUUGGAAUGAGAUUGUAUGUACCAUCAACUUUUAAAUCCUUGUGGAAUUAAAUUGUAUAAAUAUUUGGGUGUUUGAUCAGACGUCACAAUGGAUAGAAAGGCUCGUGACAGUGACAAUGAGUUCAAGGACGAUGGCGAUUUCGACAACGAUGAGCUGAGUGUUUUUUAUUUGUAAAUUCUGUUAUUGGGUUUUGGUAAUCAUUCGGUUUUGUUUUGGUGAUUUUGUUGUUAUUUGAUGGUUUGUGGAUGAAGCAGGAAGAGGAUGACUUUGAUGAUGAGCAGGCGAGGAGGAAGAAGAUGGAGGAGAAGUGGGGGAAGAGGAAAAUGGUGAUGGGCAAAACGAUAAUAAAGAUGCCGAGAUGGAAGAACUCGAGAAAAAAUACAUCAAUCUUCGUCAUCAGGAGCAAGAUAUUUUAAAGAAUCUAAAGCGUCAUAAGGACGAAGAUCUUAAAGGUCAAGCAGUAAAGAACCAAAAGGAGCCAGUUAGGUCUUUAUUUUGUGAUUCACAUGAAGGCGUCAAUGCAGCAUAUCCUGAUCUAGUCGACUCAUCAAAGAGAACUUUGGAUUCUUGAGCAGAACUACAAGAGGCUUUCGUUGGGAAGAACCCUUCUUCCAUCUUUCAAGCAACAUAUAGUAAAUCUGGACAACCUAAGAAGUCACAGUCAUCUAAGACCACUGAUAGUGAUGAUACGGUGAUGAGGAUUGGUCACGGAUUUCUUAGUUGCUGUCAAGAAUAUUGGGGAACAAGUUGCUUCUUAUUUAAAAGACCCAAGCAGAAUGGUUGGGCAGAUGCAGAUGUGGUCAUGUGGAAAUUAGCAGUUGCUGUAUUUGGCACUGCUCCUGUGGGGGAGAACACUGCAAAGGGAAAGGUGACACAAUCUGAUGGUUGUGCACAAGUUGAUGGUGACCCCAAACUUUUGGAUGACUCAGAGUAUCUUCUGUCUGAAUCAUGAGGGAAGUUUCAUUCGCGUUGAAGAAGCAGAAACCAGCUCCGUAAUGUAGUAGCGAUGCAAGGCUGAGCCAACCGUAUAGUCCUUAGAUCUCAUGCUAAGAAAUUGUCUGCUGUUUAUUUAUUCGAUAUAUUAUUCAAUCUAAUAUCUGUUAUACUUAUUUACACAAUUUUUCAAUGGGAGUCGAGUCUUUAAGAAGCAUGAUUUUGUUGUAAAUGACAAUUAAGAUCUGUAUGUUUGACAUUUAUAAGCAGAUAGGAUGUUUUUGCUUUCCACAGUGCCGAAAUAGCAUCGCUGAUGCUGGAUGUAUUUCAGUAUACACAUUUGAGCUAUGCAAUAUUUGAUGAUUUGAACACAUUUGAACUUCAAUAUCUAAUUGCUAGGGGCUUUUAUAUCUCAAGCGGUUAAGAGCGCUUAGCUGUGAACCCGAAGUUUUGAAGGCAUAAAAUAUCUUGAAGACAAAGAAGGAAUGCAAAAUAUGUUUGUAUCAAGUAAAAUUGCAAACUCAUGGAGGGCUUGUGGACUACUGUCGCUUCUUUUUCUGGGAGAUGGAGGACCGAAC